GGAAGCCCAUUUUGACAGGUGAUGAAGCCUUCUUCGUCUUUCUUCUCUGUUCUCUCAACUUUCCGGUUUCAGUGAGAGGCAAAUAGGAGCAAUUGAGGCUCUGAAAUGUAUGUGAUAUUUUGGAAUCUGCUCAUCGAAGGCGAGAAAGUGACGGUGAGAGAGUGGGAGAAGGAGAGAUAAAGAAAGAAAAGAUCCGAUUCAGUAUCAAAUCAUCAAAUUCAAAUCCAUUCACAUCUUUUAUCCAAAUCAAAUCAACUUUUUCUCGGAAUUCCAUACCUUCUUCAUUAAUAUUGUCGAGAAUAUUACGGAAGAGAUCAGAAAAAACGAUCCGAAACAUCCAGAGAGAAAAUUCCAGAUACCGUCCGGAUCUUGUUUGGAUUCUGAACUUUUGCAGUCAUUGGAGCAGAGCUUGUUGGAGAAGACAACAAUGGCGGCGAAAGUGACGAAGGCGAUCUCCGGCAUCGAGCAGAUGGCUCUGGUGACGCAACACAACGCGCAAGUAAUCGACGUGGAGUCUGUAAAAUGCGAGUGCUGUGGAUUGACGGAGGAGUGUACCCCAGCGUACAUCGGCCGUGUGCGCGAGCGGUAUGAAGGGCGUUGGAUUUGUGGACUCUGUGCGGAGGCUGUGAAAGACGAGUCUCUCAGAUCUCAGAGCAAUAUCACCACCGGUGAAGCCGUGAAGAGGCACAUGAAGUUUCACAAAGCAUUCAAAUCUUCAAUUCCUCCUCUGAAUCCGACUGAGGAUUUGAUUUCGGCUAUGAAACAGCUUCUCCGGCGAUCACUCGACUCUCCAAAGAAGGACGCUUCGCGAUCGCUUGGCCGUUCCAAUAGCUGUUUCUCCGCCAUGCCGGGACGGCGAAGUCAUUAUGAUUAGACGCUGGCUGCCGUUCACGGCGAAAAAAGAGCGCCAUAUCUCGUGGAUGUUAGCCUAAAUUUCAGUUGUAAAAUUUUUUGUUAGCGGUUUUUAAUAUCUUGGAAUCCGGAGAAAAUUCUCCUAUUAACUAGGGACCUUGAACGAUAAUUGAAUUUUUGCACUUGCAUGGCUACAGA